UUUAUCCAUUCCUUUCGGUCUCGGUGCGCGCGUACUUUCGCCCCAACAAACCUUCACUACCACUGCCCCACGAUAAUUUCGGUUUCUAACGACAGAUAAACUCCAAAAAGAGUCCUAAGACUUGUCACGUUCCAUCCCUCCAGGUCCGACAUCGUCCUCGCCUUCAUCCUCGCCUCCCAACCCGUCGAGUUACCUAUGGUUCAAUAACAUGUCGCUUACCUCGUAUUUGAUCUACUUCCUCGCCGGCUACACUGGGCUUGUCGCAGCUCUAUACAUGCUUUCCGCUGUUGUGCCCAAGGCGGCCUUCGCCGCCCGUGCGCUGGCCGCCUACAUCUCCCUCAUAAUAUGUGCCACCUAUGGCGCCCUUGCGUCUAUAGUCUUGCGAAUCCUCGGUCGCGAGCAAAUAGCCCAAUGGACCACCGCUCGUGCCUUCAAAUAUGUCAUGGCCCUAUCAACUGGCAUCUCUUUCGAAGUCGAUGACCCGAACAAAUACCUCGAGACUGUUCGCCCUGCUGUCUUCAUUGGAAACCAUCAAACUGAACUCGAUGUCCUGAUGCUGGGAUGCAUGUUCCCUAAAUACUGCAGUGUAACGGCGAAAAAGAACUUGAAGCGCGUGCCGUUUCUGGGUUGGUUUAUGGCACUGAGUGGGACCGUUUUCAUCGACAGGGCGAACUCCAAGAACGCAAGAGACGCCAUGGCUGGCGCCGCCGAAGAAAUCCAAAGGCGCAAACAGAGUGUCUACAUGUUUCCCGAAGGUACUCGUAGCUAUUCUAAGGAGCCAGGAUUGCUGCCAUUCAAGAAAGGGGCUUUCCACCUAGCUGUACAAGCCGGUGUACCUAUAGUUCCCGUGGUGGUAGCGAAUUACUCUCAUAUUCUCCACAUCAAGAGUCUAGUGUUCAAUGGAGGCAAAAUUCCAGUCAAAGUGCUGGACCCUAUAUCAACUGCUGGAUUGACGGCUGAAGAUGUAGACGAAUUAACUCGCAGCACCAGAGAGCUCAUGCUACAGGAAAUCAUUGCUCUCACACAUAAAGCCCGAAACCAACCUCUUGCUGUGCCUACAAGUUCAGGUAAUAGUACAGCUACAACGAGCGGAAGAGAUACUUCUCGAUCAUGAUGAAACAUAACGAUACUUGCCUAAUGAAGGCACUCACUAUGUUAGACAAUAGAGAGACAUUCUCUCUUUGCAUCCGACUUCAUCACGACAGCUUUUCGGAGGCUAGGAUGAGGGAGGCACAGGCUA